AUGCAAAUAAUAAAAGAACGAGACUCUUUCCUAUCCAAUUUUGAAGUAUAUGAUCACCUCAAACAUAUCAAGCAAAAGUACAACUGGACAUUUUCUCCCGAAGAAGAACUUGCACUCCAACAAGAUCAACAACAAGACAACUACCAUAAAAAACACCAUCAGAAACAAAAGAACCGAUUUACAGCCUGCGGUCUAGAUUUAGAAGUAGCUACGCGAGAUGUACUUCAGUUCAUGGAAAAUAAUGCAGAAAUAACACAAGUUGAUGUUGGUAGUUUCAAACAACUCAUGUUGUUUUUGAAUCAAUUUGAAUUGAUGAAAGUUGAGAAAUUACAAAUUGUAAAUGCUUUGCCUAGAUCCUUAGUUGUUUUGUAUUUGUUAGUUGAAGAUUGUGAAGAGAGAUUUAGUGUUGAGAUAUGUGAAGAGAUUGUGGGGAAGAUUAAUGAACUAUUUCCAUUAGAAGAGGGUGAUCAAGAGGAUGGCGAGGAUGGCGAGGAAGAAGCGGAAGGCGAAGUGGAAAGUGAAGUGGUGGGUGAAGAGGAAAAUUUACAGAACGAUGAAGAGAUGGAGUAG